CAGUGGGCGGAGUUUUCCUGUCGGUCAGGAAGAGGAGAAAGGCGGACACAGAAACAUCAAGCGAUGGCUGCUAUCAGGAAGAAGUUGGUGAUAGUUGGGGAUGGUGCGUGUGGGAAGACCUGCCUUCUCAUCGUCUUUAGUAAGGACCAGUUCCCAGAGGUCUACGUCCCCACUGUGUUUGAGAACUAUGUGGCAGACAUUGAAGUGGAUGGGAAACAGGUAGAGCUAGCACUUUGGGACACAGCAGGUCAGGAAGACUACGACAGACUGAGGCCUCUCUCCUACCCCGACACUGAUGUUAUUCUCAUGUGCUUCUCUGUAGACAGCCCCGACAGUUUAGAGAAUAUUCCAGAAAAGUGGACACCUGAAGUGAAACACUUCUGUCCAAAUGUUCCCAUCAUCCUGGUGGGCAAUAAAAAAGAUCUGCGCAACGAUGAGCACACCAGACGAGAGCUUGCCAAAAUGAAACAGGAACCAGUCAAAUAUGAAGAUGGCAAAGAGAUGGCAAACCGCAUCAGUGCCUACGGCUACCAGGAGUGUUCUGCCAAAACCAAAGAUGGUGUGAGGGAAGUCUUUGAGAUGGCAACUAGGGCAGCACUGCAGGCCAAGAAGCGUGGCAAGAAGUCCACCUGCCUUCUGUUAUAGGCUCUGGGAGAAGAGGGAGCUGCCAUCAAGCACAGAUGGAGAGGGCAGACUCCAAUGAGAUUUGACAUAGGGGAGAAAAUUGGGGGAGGGCCCAGAAAAGUUUUGCGGAUGCUCAAUUUCUUAUCAUCCUCAGCAAAUUAAAGCAGGUCUUAAAUGAUUUGAUAAGCUUCUACACUCUGGUCCUUGGUCUAUACAUUAGGUUAAGUGCCAUUUUGCUCACUUCUAUCAAAACCUUUCAGAUCUAGACGUUUGUAGGGCAGGUGGUGGUGGGGGGGGGUGAUUUGAACUUGAGUAGAUGUAAACGGGUUGAAAUGUGCCAUGAUGGGAAAGAAGAGAGAAAAGGUCCUUACCAGGCCAAAGACAAUGGGGACAUGAAAGAGAAAGACAGAAAAAAAGACAUAAGUAUAAAAAUAGGUUUGAAUUAGGACCAUGUCCAAGUGGAUUUUACACAGUAUCGCCUACAUGUAGUGCCUUGAGAGCAGUGGUCAAGAAAAGUAAGUUGUGGGGUAGGGAUUCAUGACUUAGAUGGGGGUAUUAUUUUGUCAUUUGUAGUGUCCACACAUCACAUUUGUGAAUGCUUUCUCCCUGUCAUUGGCUUUGCUCCUUCAGGCCCAUAUUCUGACUCAGGCGCUAUGCAGGGGUAUGCCUAAACUAGAUUGUAUGAGAUAUUUUCCCAUACUGAAUUACUUACCUGUACUUUAGAGAUUGUGUGUGUGUGCGCGUGCGUGCGUGUGUGCAACUGUAUGGUGGUUUGUUUUCUCCAGUGCAGGUCUGCAUGCAGUGAAUGUGUGUAUAUUCGUGUGGGUGUGUGUAUUAACAUAUGUGUCUAUGUACUGUAUGCAUGGAAAGGCCUUCUGCGUCACUGACCUAACCCCUUGUUUCCAUGCCAAAGUUACCCCUGAUGGCCACGUUUUGCUGGCUCAGGUGGGUAAUGGAAUUAACAGCUACUCAGAGUGACAUAGAAACUUUCACUUUACUGGAAGACAUUGUACUUUACCUAGAGGCACAAUCAGGUUAAACAUAUUCUAAGUUUUUAGGACCUUUUUUUGUGUGUGUACCAGAGAUUCAUUUGAUUGUGUUAAUCAGUGGGUCAAAUCAUGAGUGGUGUAGUUGAUAAGUUGAAUAUUCUUUCGGAUAGAUGAUAGGCUUAUUACUAUAAAGUCCAUUAUGUACUGUAUGUCCUACAAGGCUUUGUAAGGACAUGUUAAUGAUGUGUAUUUCAAGUUUGCCUUUUACUCAACUCUUCCCAUGCCUCCUUUAAUGAUAUUGUCAUUAUUGUACUAUACCUUUUUAUUAUUGAUGUCUCUAAUUUUCUUAGUAUAUUUUAAUCAUUUUACUUAAUCCUGCUGUUAUGAUCAUAUUACGUCAGUUAAAUGAUAAAUUGUAACCGUAGUAGUUUUUUUUCUGUUUAGUUAACUGAAGGUAAAAGCUUGGGGUGCAUGGCUGGAAGUUAUUUUGGGGGUGGGCUUCUUUUUUGUUUUUUGUACUGUGACAUAUUAAGGGUUUUUGUUUCUGGAUUUUUUUUUUCCAAAUAAAGCUGAUAUUAGGGUUUUCUGUUGUAAGGUAUUUAUGUGUUCUUUCCAUGUAUUCAUUAAUGAUUGCAACAAUUUCCCCUAUAUUUCUGGCAUUAAUUUACUUUUUUUGCUGAAUAAAAGAAACUCAUAACCCCUCAAAA